GAGUUUACAACGAGCUGAACAGUCAGACUUGGCUAUAUGAAUGUCACACGAUCUCACAACCUCACAGGAAUAUAUACACAUCGCCAAACGGAUUUACUUUGAGAGGAAAUAACUGUGAUUUCGGAUUUAUGGAUACGCGUAAAAGCGCACGCUGUUUGGCACUGACAACCAGUCCUCGGAAUGUAGACCCUUCUCGCUUUAACUGACGGAUCUACUAAUUUUUCCGGAUUGUUGCUAUGGAAGAAAUUGUUAUGAUCGCCGUCCUCAAUUUUCUGUGCCUCCUUCGCUUGUCAGGUGCGGUGACAGACAUGGCCAUGAUCUCUAACGUGGAGGUGUCCAGCUCGCUCUUCUCCCUGUCCUGCGUCACUGGAGAGAGGAACGCGGCAGACCUCACCUUGGACAUCACCAAAGACUACAGAAUUCUCAUCCUCCCUUCCAAGCCCCGUUUCAAGAUCAAGAAACCGGUGCCAACACGGGUGGAGGCCAAGGACUUUGAAGGGUUGGACUAUAUCGGCAUCUUCUACUGUGAGGCCUCGUCGUUGGACGCCACUCCGAUCGAUAAAAUCACGCUCAUUAACAACUACCAAGGGCUUUUCGUUCCGAACCAUAUCACAGUGACGGCGAACAGAGGAGACACGGUCCACCUGGACAUGCAGGUGGUCGGCUCCCAGAGAAGAGACGUGACGUGGAAACACAACGGGAACUACUACUACAUGAUCCACUCUAACGAGGUCACAAACAACACGGCCACGCUGACGCUGCAGAACGUCGGUUCCUCCAACGCGGGCAUCUACAGUGCCAGCUACGUAGGCGACAGUCCCAUUCAGGGCGCCUGGAUGCGGCUAAUUGUCCGAGACUGUCCCAGUCAGAAGUGGGGCAUGUACUGUGACAAGGACUGUGCUGAGUGCCUGAAUGGAGGGGUGUGUCACGACUCUGACGGGGACUGUAUCUGUCCCCCGGGCUUCAUGGGGACACGCUGUGAGACAGCCUGCAGAGAGGGCAUGUUUGGUCACAACUGCCAGGAGUCCUGCCGGUCAGAGCUGAGCUGCAAAGGCCUCCGCUUCUGCCUGCCUGACCCUUACGGCUGCACCUGCGCCAGCGGCUGGUCGGGAAACCGCUGCAGCAGACCCUGCAUGAAGGACAUGUACGGGCCAGACUGCAGGCUGAGCUGCCAGUGUAGAAACGGGGGCGUGUGUAACCGCUUCAGCGGGUGCCUGUGUCCUACAGGCUGGAGAGGGAAGCACUGUGAGAAGUCAGACCGCGCUCCCCAGAUCCUGGCCAUGACCAGUAGUCUGGAGUGGAACCUGCUCUCCAGCCCCAAGAUUCAGUGCUCCGCCACGGGCAACCCUCUGCCCAGCCACACCAGCAUCGAGCUACGCAAGCUGGACAGCACCGUGCUCAAGGCCUCUCGUACCACCAUGGACUCCAACAAGAGCACGGCUCAGUUUGAGAUCUCCCGUCUGACUGCGGAGCAAGGGGGCUUGUGGGAGUGUCGUGUCUCUACUAACGGUGGUCAGGACUCUCGCAAGUUCAACCUCACCGUCAAAGAACCCCCCAUCCCCAGCACGGUCCCCCGGCUCCUGGAGAAGAGGAGUAAGCAGCUGGUGGUCCGUCCUGUGGAGGCCUUCAGAGGAGACGGACCCAUCAUCUCCACCAAGCUCCUCUACAAGCCCAUGGACAACGGGGUCUCCUGGUCCUCCAUCAUAGUGUACAGCACGGAGCCCAUCACUCUGAUGAACCUGAAGCCGUCCACCAGGUACCAGGUGCGCGUGCAGCUCAGCCGGCCAGGCGAGGGGGGGGAGGGGCCCCCGGGCCCCGAGGCCGUAAUGGAGACGGAGUGUCCAGAGCCCACGGUCCGACCGGAGAUUGACUUCAGCUCGCUGGAAGGCCGCAACGCCACCGUGCGCUGGCUGUUGCCCGGCGACGCCGGUUCGGCCAGCGGCUUUUUAGUGCAGCUGUUUGGCCCCUCCCCCCCACGGGACAAGCUGAGAGAGGUGAUCACACUCCUCAAUGUGCUCUCCACCAAGUUCCACAACCUGGAGUACAACCGCGACUACACGGUCCUGGUCAGCCUGCUCAACUGUGGCAGCCAGGGUCCAGCCUCUAAGCCCUACCACUUCCACAUCAACAGCCAGGGGCCCUCCUCCCCUCUCCACGUCCAGGCCCUGCCCCUGUCCGUGUCGGCCGUGCAGGUGAGGUGGCGCCCCCCGGAGGACCCUAACGGGGGCAUCGUCAAGUACAUUAUCGAGUACCAGCCUGUGGGGCUGGGCAGCCCUCAUCCCUGGGUCGACACGGAUGACGGAAACAAAACCGCCAAGGACGUGAUGGCGCUGAACGGGAGCACUCUGUACCAGUUCAGAGUGCGGGCCUUCUCUAAAGUACCGGGGGAGUGGAGCAAGUUUGUCCAGGCCAGGACCCAGGGCGACGCGCCCCAGAGCUUCACCCCCACGACCCAGGAGGUGGGGGUUGGGGUGGGGAAGGAGGGUUAUCAGCUCCUGGUGGCGGUCGUUGGCUCGGUAACGGUCACGUGUGUGACCAUCCUGCUGGCUCUGCUAGCGCUCUUCUGCAUCCGCAAGAGCCUGCUCAACCGCCGGCGCACCUUCACCUACCAGUCUGGAUCGGGAGAGGAGACCAUCCUGCAGUUCAACUCCGGGACCCUGACUCUGACACGGAGGCCCAAGCCCACCCCGGACCCCCUCACCUACCCCAUCCUGGAGUGGGAAGACAUCAAGUUUGAGGACGUGAUCGGGGAGGGAAACUUUGGACAGGUCAUCAAGGCCAUGAUCAAGAAGGACGGCACCAAGAUGAGUGCUGCUAUCAAGAUGCUGAAGGAGUUUGCCUCGGAAAACGACCACCGAGACUUUGCAGGAGAGCUGGAGGUGCUGUGCAAGCUAGGCCAGCACCCCAACAUCAUCAACCUCAUAGGAGCCUGUGAAAACAGAGGGUACCUGUACAUAGCUAUAGAGUACGCGCCCUACGGCAACCUGUUGGAUUUCCUGAGGAAGAGUCGUGUCCUGGAGACCGACCCCGCCUUCGCCAAGGAGCACGGCACUGCCUCCACGCUCACCUCCCAGCAGCUGCUGCAGUUCGCCGUCGACGUGGCGACGGGCAUGCACUACCUUAGCGACAAGCAGUUCAUCCACAGAGAUCUGGCGGCUAGGAAUGUUCUGGUAGGAGUCAACCUGGUGGCCAAGAUAGCCGACUUCGGUCUCUCCCGAGGGGAAGAGGUCUACGUGAAGAAGACCAUGGGACGGUUACCGGUGCGAUGGAUGGCCAUUGAGUCGUUAAACUACAGCGUAUACACCACCAAGAGUGACGUCUGGUCUUUUGGCGUUCUGCUGUGGGAGAUUGUGAGUUUAGGUGGGACUCCUUACUGUGGGAUGACCUGUGCUGAGUUGUAUGAGAAGCUUCCUCAGGGCUACAGGAUGGAACAGCCCAGAAACUGUGACGAUGAGGUGUAUGAGAUGAUGAGGCAGUGCUGGAGAGAUCGCCCCUACGAGAGACCUCCCUUCUCCCAGAUCUCAGUUCAGCUCAACAGGAUGCAGGAGGCCAGGAAGGCAUACGUAAACAUGGCCUUGUUCGAGAACUUCACCUACGCCGGAAUAGACGCCACGGCCGAGGAGGCCUGACUACCAUCCCCCCCAGACCCUGGCAGGUCACGUAGCCCACGGGAGAGGUCCCGAGGUGGGACACCGCGAUACUGCCGGCCCCCUGCUGGUCCUCGGGCCUACCGGGCAAACAGGCACUCCACCAGGGCCUUGUGGCUGUAGAGGGAGAGCGUGGCAGGACGCUGGGGGGGAGGG